AUGACUUCACAACCUCCUUCUCUGCCAAACUUUACUGGACCUCAACAAUCUGCAGUGGCUACUACUCCCACUAUUGCAUUGCAAAGACAGCCCAGCCCCAUGGCCAUUGCCUCACAGAAUGGAGUAAUAGACCCCAAGGUUUCUGCAGUGGUCACACAGGGUGCAGGUUCCCUAGGGGCCACCACCUCUCAGGUCAUGAACCACAGCAACACUCUCAUGCACACUAAAAUGGUGGCACCCAACCAGCCAGUCUCUGCUGGCCAAUCAAUAAUUCUCGGAGGGUCUCCCCCUCCUGUUGUUGUUAACUCACCAAUAAGCCAGGCACAGAGUGUGGCGAGUCCCACUCUCACAACUGGGGUGAAACCAACUGUUAAUGGAGUUGGUCAGCCCACAGUGACCAUCGUGAGGCCCCCCGGUACGCCGGUGAUGGCUACCCCCGUACCGCAGCAGAGACCUGGGCUGUUAGCAAGUACCACGAGGACUGCUGCACCACAGCUGGCCGUCAGACCACCACAAAAGACCACCAUUCAGUUACCCCCUGGAUUUACCAUACCACCCGGUAUGGUGCUGGUGCGUACGGACACGGGCCAGCUAGUGAUGGUGACUCAGCAGGUUCUAGCCCAGGCCCAGGCUAAGACCCAACAAGGCCAGGCUGCUGUCUCCAACAUCUCCCCCCAGCCUGGAAUCCCCACCGCUGGGGCCAACAUCAGAGUUAGCACUCCCAGCCAGGCCCCUGGUACGCCCCAGGCUGUCCGUCUGGCGUCCCCUUUCCAGGCAAGAAUGGCCCAGUCCCCCUCUUCCUCUAGCCCUGCUAUACAGAAGGCCAUAACCGUGGCACCUGCGGGUGCGUCUGUGUCAGUGAAAAUGACCACCCCUCAGAAGGCCCAGUCUGUGAUCACAGGGGGCCAGGCCCUGGUCAAGCCUGGUGCUGUACGGCCCACUAUCACCCUGAACACUGCAGCAGCCAGUGCCUCUGGAACCCCUAUUGCAACAGUCUCCCAGGAAAUGCAAGAGAAUGUGAAGAAGUGCAAGAACUUCCUGUCCACCCUGAUCAAGCUGGCGUCCCACAACUCCCCCUCCCCUGACACAUCUAAGAACGUCAAGACCCUGGUGCAGGAUCUACUGGAUGCUAAAAUCGAGCCUGAGGAAUUCACCACGAGUCUGCAGGCUGAGCUGAAAUCCUCUCCACAGCCGUACCUCAUCCCCUUCCUCAAGAAAAGCCUCCCUGCUCUGCGGCUGUCCCUUCUCAACAACCAGCAGUCUCUUCUGGCCUCCACCUCCGCUUCUGCCCUGGCCGUCCCCUCCACCUCCACCAUCAGGCCCCGGCUCCCCACCACCAUCAGCCCCGCCACGGGCAUCGUCAGGACACCUACCACUGCCCUGGGUGUGAGAAGACCAGGGGUCCAGGGGGUCCAGACCCGCAUGCCCAUGGUCAUCACUCAGACCAUACGACCGCAAGGCGUAGUUACAAGAGGACCCGCUAUUAUCCCGGGCAGAAGUCCUGUGGGCAUUGGUGCCCAGGCCUCUGCCAAUCAGAAGAAGCUGAAUGAGCCUGGAGGUGGGACGUUCAGAGAUGACGAUGACAUCAAUGACGUGGCGUCCAUGGCGGGGGUAAACCUGAACGAGGAAAACGCCCGCAUCAUGGCCACCAACUCUGAGCUGGUGGGCACCAAGAUCCGCUCCUGUAAGGACGAGGCCUUCCUCCCACCAGGUCUGCUACACAGACGCAUCAUGGAGGCUGCCAAGAGGUUUGGGGUGACCGAGGUCCCAGCUGAGACAGUGAACUACAUCUCCCAUGCUACCCAGGCCAGGCUGAGAUCCAUGCUGGAGAAAGUGUCCACUAUUGCCCAGCACCGCACCGACGGGGGCAAGGAUGAGGAAUGGUAUGAGCCGUCGACAGACGUCAGGGCCCAGCUCCGCUUUUUUGAGCAGCUGGAAAGGAUGGAGAAACAGAGGAAGGACGAACAGGAGAGAGAGGUCCUACUCAAGGCUGCCAAGAGUCGCGCCAGACAGGAGGACCCAGAACAAGCUCGGUUGAAGGCGAAAGCUAAGGAGAUGCAGCAGGCAGAGCAGGCCCAGAUCCGACAGCGUGAAGCCAACCUCACUGCCCUGGCUGCCAUCGGGCCCCGUAAGAAACGCAAGAUGGACUCGCCAGGGGGCUCCACAUCGGGCACAGAGGUUGCUUCGGGUUCAGGGGAUGGCUCUUCCACAGCUGCCUCCUCCCGCCAACAGCUCCGUCAGCGGAUCACGCGAGUCAACCUCAGGGACUUUAUCUUCUGCCUGGAGCAGGAGAGGGCCACAUCCAGGUCCUUAUUGCUUUAUAAGGCUCUCCUGAAGUAGUGAAGUCCUCAGUUAAUUACACAUUCUUACUGUUCUACACAGCUCUCCUGAAGUAGUGGGGGUACCACAAGGUUCAGUACUCAUUACAAAUCCUUCUUCACAGCUCUCCUAAAGUAUGACGUCCUACAGAGUUUAGUACUCAGCCGGCCCGUUACAAAUCCAUAAGGGUUCUCUAGUCGACCCAAUACAAAUCUCUACUGUUCUACACAACUCUCCUGAAGUAGGGCGUCCACAAGGGUUCUGUACUCGACCUGAUGCAAAUCCUUACUACUCGAUAAGGCUCUCCUAACGUAGGGGUAACACAGGGCUCUGUACUAUGCCCAUAACACAUUUGCGAUUAGUAAAGUUUCCCCUUUGCCCCCCAUCUCUACACAUGCCUUCAUUCCCAUACCACAUUAUCAUAAAGCCCCCCCAUCUCUACACACACCUUCAUGUACAGUGAGGGGAAAAAAGUAUUUGAUCCCCUGCUGAUUUUGUACGUUUGCCCACUGACAAAGAAAUGAUCAGUCUAUAAUUUUAAUGGUAGGUUUAUUUGAACAGUGAGAGACA